GCCGCUCGUACUACCGUGACGACGAGAUCGUGGUGGACCGAGACGGGCUGCCGCAUUACACUGGCGCGAUCCCAAACCUGUUGAAGGAGUACAAGAAGAGAGUCAACCUGGCGCUGGCGAGGACCGAGAACCUGGCAGCCAACCCGAAGGAACUGAAGCGCGAGAAUGGCGAGCAGCUGAUAUUUGACGCGCUGGCGUCGCUAGUCAAGGAGGCCAUCGUGAAGAAGGGGAUGGCGUUCGAUAGCUUUUUCAAGCGGAGCUACCGGAAGCGCGGCACCGACAUGGGCGAGUACCUGGCGAACAAGGAGAAACUGUGGGAGGACCUACGGGAGAGAGACAGCACGACGAGACUCUCGGAUGGCGCGGGGCUCUCGGAGGAGCAGAAGAGGAGCAUCGUGAUGAACAGCGGUUCAGAGUGCAAGUUGGAGGCCUUCCAGCACGCGCUCAGGGUCAACUCCCACGACGUACACGAGAAAGAGCGGAGGAACCCGCAGCACCAGCACCAGCACAAGCAGAGCAGCCAGAAGUGGAACAAGGGCCACCGAGGGAAGGCGAACCAGGUGGAGGACCACGAGGAGUCGGACAUCUCGGACGAGGAGUUCGACGAGGAGGAGCAGGCCAAUGCAGUCGACGAGGCCGACGAUAACAGCGACGCUGGGGCAUCGAACGACGACGAGGCCUACGAGGCGUACUCGGCCUACGAGGCGGCGCGCAAGAAGCUGAAGGACACACAGAAGCAACGGGGCUUCUUCAAGGGCGAGGUUACCUUUGAGGAGCGUCAGGAAGCGAUCAAGGAGGAGAAGAAACGGACUCGAUGCGGAGCCUGCGGGCGUAUCGGACACUGGGCAGGCGAUAGGGACUGCCCGAAGAGCGGGCAGCAGGGCGCCAAGAAGUUCGGAGGUGGCAAGGGCGGCAAACCGAAGGGCAAGGCAAAGCCGGGGAAGCCGAAGCACGCGUUCUUCACCCUGGACGUGGAUGACAUGGACUACGAGAUGGGCGACGCCGACGCGGGUGCUUUCGCGGCCAACGGCGAGCCAGAUCAGGACGACCGCGACUCGUUCUAUGAGGACUCCAGCGACGGCGAGCCCAAGGAUGAGCGCGAGGAUGACGGCCACCACAACAGGAACUGCGACGAAGACCGGAAGGAGUCUCAGGGAGCGGCAGCAGCGCCAGCAGCACCCGAGCCCAAGGCGAAGCCGAAGAUCAAGCCGACGAAGGCGCCGCAGGAGGAGAAGUUCAUCCCGACCGAGAACUUCGGUGAGUGGAAGGUUUACGAGUUGAAGAAGCGCUUGAACGAGCUCAACCUGCAGGUGAGUGGCAAGUGGGAGAUCCUCAUCGAGCGGCUCACGGGAUACUACGCGGGCAUCGCGCAGGUCAAGAAGGGGUGCAGUACGGAAAAGACGGCAGGAGCAUCGUGCUCGGGGGCUUCGGUGGGCCUGCGGGGCGAGAACAUGAAGUGCGCCGACUGCGGCAAGUACGGACAUCAUGGAGGUGGCGUGCGCUGCCCACUCUACUCGGAGAUGAAGGUCUAUAAGCAGAUUCAGGAGCGUCGGGGGCAGAUCGGGCUGGAGUUGGACAGCAAGCAGAUCACCAUGCCGAAGAUGAAGGAGAGUUCAGCGAGCUCGGCGGCAUCAUCUACGACAGCGACCUGGGAGUUCAUCGACCACGCCAACGAGCUCACCUGCCCCGUGUGCUACCGCGUCGGCAUGACGCUGAAGAUCAACAAGAUCAACGGGGGCAAGUCCUACGGGUGCCCGAACUACCUCACCGUCAUGAAGUGCAAGGGAACGUAUGACUACGAGGUGGGCCAGGCGAAGCUGAACGAGGCGCCCAUUUUGGAGACGCCCUUCGAGUUUGCGGCCGGGCAGCUCGACAAGCGCAAGCUCAUCUUGAUCAACGCUGGGGAUGAGCACAGCUUCAAUGACCAGCUGGGAAAGUCUAAGGCAGCCUUCGUAGUCGCCAACGACAGCACGUUUAACUCAGUCGACUUCGACGCCGUGGCGCUGGUCGACACUGCAUGCACCCUUUGCAUGCGCAGCAAGCAUUGGAGACAGCAUUUCGAACGAUUUCUACCACCUGGCUUGGCGCGCCGGCCAACCGGCAACUAUAGGCCCUUCACCUUCGCGAGCGGCACCAAGCAAACGGGCGAGGUCGGGAUCAUUCCGAUAGGCAUUGGCGGCUGCCGUGGCGAGGCGCACUCAGCGGAGAUACCUACGGGACAGACGCCAUUGCUGUUGUCGAUACCAGCCCUCGAGAUGCUCGACGGCCACAUUCACAUGAAGACGAAGAAGCUUGAGCUCACCGCGCUGGGGAUCACCGUGGCGCUCAUCAAGAUGCGAAAGACCCCUCACUUUGGGAUCGAUGUGGCGCAGUUCGGUGAUGACGAGAGCGCAGAGACGCAGAAGAUGGACCUGGCGUCAACCCGAGGAGAUGCACUAGUCCACUACGCGAACGACCUGGAGAUCGUGAAGCAGGGUUAUGCAUUCUUAGAGACGGAUUGCCACGACGACGACUUCGACGUCUCGUUGAACUCCGAUGGUGCGACUGUGGAACUGGAUGGUGCUCAGUGUGGGUUUGGCAAGAAGGACGUAGACAGCGGAAAGCCCAUCCAGAAGCUCAGCGGCUACGUCACCAACAGCCAGUGCAUCUUGAACAAGUCGGCCAUUUCUUGCAAGGGCAAGGGGCCUCGCGAGAUGGUGGAAGGGAACAACUCAGUUGGGAAGCGAGCAGCUCAGGCAGCGGCUUACCCACCGAGGAUGGCAGCUGCGAUGUGUGAAGGACUACGUCAACAGAUCGAGCUCGACAGCGAUAUCGCCUUGGUCACAGGUCACAUGGAGAAGAGCUACCCGGCAGGAGGCUGGAUCAUCAAACAGAAGGAGAAAUCGGACAAGGUGAUGGAGAUCUUCGACAAUUUCGUUGAUUUCUUUCCUGGCGCCGCUCACCCUACUGUGGCCAUCAGUGGUGCGGACAUUUUAAGUAUGGUGUACGGUGCGCAGAUCGGCGAGGCGGAGGGCGAGGGGAAGGACGCAGAUCAAGCUGAAUGGCAGUUUCUCAACAUCAUAUGCUUAGGCUGUUCAUUUCAAGUCGUUGCGUUGUUGGGGGAAGUUCACAAGAUGGCAAGUUCGAGUACCAUCGUGGAGACCUACGAGUUGUGUUGGGCUUCGUGGGCUGGUGGGCCUGAGGUUGGAGUCAUCGUGGUCAUGGCCAAGAGCUUCCUUGGCUUUUCUAAGUGCAUCGCGAGUCGCGGCUGCCGUUUCGACUCAGCUGCCAAGGCGGCAGCGUGGCGCAUCGCCGAGGUUGAGCGUCAUGGAGAUCUUUGGCAAGCCAUGUGGAGGAGAGUCGUCUGGGCCAAGCAGGUAGCAGGUCGCGAGGACGUCUUGAAGGCGGCGAUUGAGAUCAACCAGGUGAAGAAUUCCUUGAGUAGAAGAUUAGGUUUCUCACCAGCGCAGUGGGUACUUGGUCGGGAUAUACGGCUACCAGCAGACUUGAUGGACGAUGGCGAGGUGGAGCGCAUUGGAGCAGUGGCAGCAUCAGCGACACCAACAUCAAAGUUUGCAAGGAAAGUUGCACUACGGCAAGCAGCACGAGAUGCACAUGCGAGAGUGGCGAAUGAGGGCGCCAUCAAGCGGGCGGAACUUCGACAAGUACGACCAGAGCGAGGACCUUUCAAUGUUGGCGACUGGGUUUUCUGCUACGAUCAGAGGGAGCAAGGAAAGAGACCCGAGAGCGUCAUCAACUGGAGGGGAGUUGCGAGAGUCAUCGGCCACGAGGGCAAGCGCAUUAUCUGGAUCGUGCACCGGGGCAUCGCGAUCGCUUCUGCGCCGGAGCAUCUCGCGAAGGCUUCAGAUGAGGAGGUUAGCGCCUGGCCUGUGACGGCGCAGGAGGCGGAUUUGAUCGACGCCGCGGGAGUUGCAGGAGGCAGCGGGUUCAUAGACCUACGACGGUGCCACAGCCGAGUGAGAAGGAAGAAGUUCCGGCACCACAGCCAGAAGCAGCAGAGCAACAAGAAGCACCGGAAUCACUUCGACAGGACGGACCACCUGUACCUGAAGAGCCAGCUGUUCGAUCAGGAGGCGGCGUUCAAUGUCUGUGACGACGGUGACCACAUGCUGAAGGCGGCCUACGUGACCUACGAGGGGACUCGGACCUACGAGGAGCGCGGCAUCAGCAAGGAGGUGCUAGGCUUCGGAGUGGAGAGGAACGAGUUUGAGUACGCCUGCCAAGUCGGCCAGACUACCGCGAAAAGGGGCAGAACGGAGCUGAGGUUGAAGGAGCUCAACGAGGAGCAGCGCAGGAUGUUCACAGGACCUGGAGGUUCUGACGAGAAGGAGUGGAAGCCGUGGCAGGACUUAGACGCUUGCGAGACCCUCGACGUGGCGGAGAGCGAGAGGAUCUGGGAGACCAAGUGCGACCUCAUCAUCCCGGCCAAGUAG